CUUCAUCCUUUAGUUUCUAAAUGUCCUAGUUUCAUUAAAGAUACAAAGCACCUCUUGGCAAUCCUGAAUUCAUUUUCAUGGUGUGAACAAUACUCAUGGCUAACAUGCGAUAUUGAAUCUCUUUAUUCUUGCAUCCCUCACCAUCUAGCCAUAACAGCUCUUACAUAUAUUAUUGAGAAUUUUGCCAGUUAUGAUUUAGAAUUAAAACAAUUUAUUUUGGAUGUUACUACCUAUGUUCUAAAACACAAUUAUUUUUUGUUUAAUGGUGUUUUUUUAUUUGCAAAAAAUCGGAGCUUCUAUGGGUGCGAAAUCUUCACCUGCCCUUGCUAAUUUAUUUGUGUUCUGGUGGGAGAAUUUUUUUAUUUUUUCUGAACAUAACCCUUAUCGAGACAAUAUCGCAUGGUUUGGCAGAUACGUCGAUGACGUCAUUGUAAUAUGGAAAAAUAAUGAAAGCUCUGCAAAUGUAUUCAUGUCUUACCUUAAUGAUAACCAUUGCAAUUUGCGAUUCACCCACACUUGGUCUAAAACGUGUACACCCUUUUUGGAUGUGCUCUUGGUUGAUAACGGUGACAGCAUAGAGGUGCGUCCUUUUCGUAAAGCCAUUUCUGGCAACACAUUACUUAGGGCCGAUUCUUGUCAUCCAGAGCACACCAUCAAGGGCGUUCCUGUUGGUAAACUAAUCCGUGGGAAACGGAACAGUUCUGAGGAGUCUGUGUAUCAGGCGGAAGCUAAUGCUAUGUGCACACGCUUUAGGCAGCGCGGCUAUCCAAACUGGAUUCUUGACAAAGCCCGUAAGCGAGUGGACGUUAUACAAAGAUCAGAUCUUCUCACCAACAAAGAACACACUCAGCCUGGUGAACUGAGGCAGAGAUUGGUGGCAUGAGGGUAUCCAGAAAUCAUUCUAAAUGAGGCUCUCAAUCAAGCGAUUGCGCAAGAAAGACAAAAUCUUUUGAAGUCCAAUAGAAGAAAAAGAGAAAAAGAAAGAAAAAUAGAAAAUUUGUCUGAUACGAGUCCAUCUAGAUUCUCUUUUUCCUUUAAAUUCAGCCCCCUAGAAAAAGUGAUUAAAACUGCAGUCCUUAACAACUGGCCCUUGAUAAAAAAUGAUGUUGAACUAGGAAAACUAGUACAUGACAGACCGUUAGUAACAUUCAAGCGCAGCAAAAACCUUAGAGAUGUGGUUACCAGUAGCAACUUCUGUUUAAAAUAAAAAAUGAAUGAUUGGCUAACAAGAUGAGGCCCCACAGGGAACCAUAAGUGUGGAACUUGUACCUGGUGCCCCAAUAUGAAAAUAGGAAAGACUACAUAUAUUGGAGGUGAAUUCAUACAUAUCAACACUUUAAUCACCUGUAGAACCCAGUGGGUUGUUUAUGCCAUGAUAUG